AAACAAAUUUAUUACCUACGUUAAAAAAUGGAGUUCGGGAACAGGAGGAGGCGGAUUUUGAAGACGCACCUUCAAAAUAUAAUUUGCUUACACUUGUGCAAAUGUUGUUCUCAAAAUUUUUUUGUUUUGUUCAAACUCACCUACCAAACAUAAUUUAUAGAUAGCCGACAAAAAAACCUCUACAAUAAUUUUUUUAAUUUUUUCUUUCGCCUAAAAGUACCACAGGAUAGUGCCAUGUGCCUACAUUUAUAUCGGGAGACAGACAUCCUUUUUAUCACAAAAUGCUUCUAAUGUUAUAGGUACCUACUAUUUUUUACUCGCAAUCAGAAAAAUUCCACGUUGUUUGUAAACAACGAAGAUAGGUAUUAAGCAAUGACGACUUCAUAGAGACUAUCGCGUUGUACUUAUGUAUUCAUUUACCACUCAAACGUGUCGUCUCCUCGUGUAUGGUGUUGAUUUUUUUCAUUUCUUCAAGUACCCGUAUACCUUAAAGCCUUGCCUACAUGACAGAUUACGAGUACAACUGUCGUCGCAAAUGCAACUUACGAAGUGUUAAAAUGGCAUGAAAAUUAUUAUCGUUCAACUACGAGUACAUUCGAGGAGACAGGGAUUAUAUCGGUUUUGCCACACUGCCAGAGCAGGUGCAUCGCAAAUCAGUCAAAAGAGGUUUCGAUUUCACUUUAAUGGUCGUCGGAGAAUCAGGUCUUGGGAAAUCAACGCUCAUCAACAGUUUAUUUCUUAGCGAUCUGUACAAAGAUCGUAAGAUACCCGAAGUACAUGAACGUGUCACUAAGACAACGCAAAUCGAACGGAAAACCAUGGAUAUUGAAGAAAGGGGCGUGAAAUUACGUCUUACCGUUGUCGAUACGCCGGGAUUCGGAGAUUCGUUAAACUGCGAAGAUAGUUGGCGGGCUUGUUGUAACUACAUAGAUGAGCAAUUUCGUCAAUAUUUCACAGACGAAAGCGGCCUGAAUAGAAAGAAUAUUGUUGACAACCGUGUUCAUUGCUGUUUAUAUUUCGUACCUCCUUAUGGACACGGAUUGAGACAACUGGAUAUCGAAUUAAUGAAGCAAAUACAGCAUAAAGUCAAUAUCGUACCGAUAAUCGGAAAAGCUGAUACACUCACUGAACCAGAAAUGAAAAGGUUAAAGAAAAGGAUUUUAAAUGAUAUACAGGAAAAUAAUAUCCAGAUAUACCAGUUUCCCGAAUGUGACAGCGAUGAAGACGAAGAUUUCAAACGGCAAGAUAAAGAAUUAAAAGAAUGCAUUCCAUUUGCGGUUAUUGGUAGUCAUAAUAUUAUCGAGGUUGGUGGGAAAAAAGUACGCGGCAGGCAGUACCCAUGGGGUAUUGUAGAAGUUGAAAACUCGAAACAUAGUGACUUCAAUAAGUUAAGAAAUAUGUUAAUUACAACUCACAUGCAAGAUCUCAAAGAUGUUACAGAAGAUGUUUAUUAUGAAAAUUUCCGAGUACAGUGCAUCUCUCAGAUAUCUCAACAGGCAAUCAAAGAAAGAGGCAGAAAAUUGAAACGCGAGUCGAAUUCCCAAAUAGAUGGAAUAAUCACGGAAACCGACAAACUUCUUCUACAAAAAGACGAAGAAAUACGACGGAUGCAAGAUAUGUUAUCUCAAAUGCAAGAAAAACUUAAAGCAUCGAGUCAGAGUCAAAGCAGUAUUUGCAGCGGUUCUCAAACACCAACGGAAUUUGAAUGCAAAAGAAAAGAUAGCAUGAUUAACGUUUAAAAGACACGAUACAAAAGUUGUUAUUCUGUUUCGAGCUCAUUCUAAAGGUAUUUUUGGAUCUUUCUGAAAAUGAUUGAUACAAUUAUAAAUGGACGAUCGAUUUUAAAAACGCGGCAUAAAUUCAAUGUUGUACGAGCGAAAGAAUGGCACCUUACAGUUGAGCAGUUAUUUUUUUCAUAAGAUCUAUCCAAUGAGUUCGUUUUUCCCGCUUUCCUAUAAUUGCACGAUUUGUACCUAUAUUUUUACGUUUUAUAAAUAGGUAUUUGUAAAAUCAAGUGUUGCUCGUUUCAUUUUAAGUUUUAAGUUAGUUUUUCAAGUACCUAAAUAAAUACCUAUUUUACCAUAAAGAUUCUAUUCUAUUGUUAAUAUCAUUUAUAGAUUUAGAAAUUUGUAAUUUUUAAAAUGGCGUAACUGAACUAUAAACCAAAUAUUAUUUUUAAUUUUUCAUUCUUUACAAAAUUACAAAUUUAUUGCUCGA